GUAAGACACAUUUUAUGUGUUAAAAUCUCUCUUUGUUACUUUUGGUUUUGAAGAUUUUCCUUUACAAUAAAAAGAAGAGUAAAAAAUCAACACUUUAAUUACCAUUUUCUUUCUACCAAAUUUUCUAUUGACUCCUCAUCUAUAUCUCCUCUAACCAAACAAUUUUUUUCCCUAUUUAACUUUUUGUUGGCCUCUUCAGAACGAGCACCAAGUGUUAAGUUCAAAUGAUGGUAGGUUUAAUGGCAACCAAAGCGAAGGAAUCACAUCCUAUAAAAGAGAGGCGGGGAAUUUCUCUUUCUCAAAAGAAAAGCCCUAGUGUUUCCAGAAAUGUGUCUCCUACUAGAAAAAAAGACUCAAAUUCAUUGUCUUCUUCUUCUGGUAAAGGUAUUCCGAAUUAUCUGAAACCAACUAUUAGCUCAGGACCAGAUCCUUCUAAACAUCCCGCGAAGAAAGUCUCAUCCACUACAGACAACCUCAACAAGACCACUGUUAAUGCUAGAAGACGAUCAUUAGACAAGCCCAUGCAAGCAUCUCAUUUACAAAAAACGCGAAUUUCACCGACUCCGAAGGAAAAGAGUAUUCGACAUGCCUCCUCUUUUCAUGCCUCUAGAACCACAACAAUGACUUCACAGAAGCUCCUUUCAGAUAGAUUAAGAGGAUCAAAAGUAUCGUCAAAAGAUAGUCUUAAAGAAAUACACUCUCUACAUGAAAAACCAGUGAGUGUUAAGAAAAUGUGCAAUACAAGUGACAAGAAAAUACAAGAGUUCGAUGAUCAGGGGAUCGAAACUUUGGAGGAAGCACAAAAAACAUGCCCAAAUGAUAAUGAAGAAGAAGUAAAUGUCCAUCAAGUGGUUGAUCAAGAUCAUGAUGUUAUGAAUCUUGAACCAGGAGAUGUAGAUAGUUCUCAUGUGAUUGGAGGUGAUGAAGAAGUAUUAAAUGAUGUUGGUGGAUACAAUUCAGUUUCAGAGGCAUCACUUGCUUUUGCUAAUGAAAACCAUGCCCUUAAGGAUCAUACAGAAGAAUAUGAUGAAGUAAAAAAAGAUGAAGUUCAUGACAUGGGGGUUGUUGAAUCCUCCAUUGUAUCGAAGCACCAAGAUGAAGAUGUUGAUCAUGAUAAAAUUGAUGAGGUGCAUGGAAAUUUACAAGGUGAAGAACCCACUAGCGACAAAUCAGAAGAUGGAAACAUUUGUGGAGCAGAAAAAUUCAACGACGAUCAUAAAGGAAAACUUGAACAAGGUUCUGAUACUGAAGUUGGAGAUUAUGAAGCAAGAGGUGAACCCGCUGAAGAAUUAACAAAUGUUCAAAAAUUAGAUCAAGAUAAAGAAGAAGAUGAAGAACAAGAGAAUAAUGUAACAUGCGAUGUCAUCGAAUCAACUGAAAAUAAAUUAGAUGAUGUCUCUGAAGAAGAAGUAAAGAAAGAUGUUGAUAAAAUAAUAACAAAGCCUGAAGUGGUCCAAGGAAAAAGGGACUCAGCAGUAGUAUCCAAUGAUGUGAUAGAGGAGACAGCAAACAAGCUUCGAGAGCAAAGGAAAAACAAAGUGAGAGCAUUGGCUGGUGCCUUUGAAACUGUCAUAUCAUUGCAGGAGAGUAAGUGAUAAAAUAGGCUUUUAUGGUAAGAAUAUUUAUUUGCAUACACCUUUGCACAUCAUCAGAGGUGCAAGCAUACACUACGGGAAAAAACAACUGUAAUAUUCCUAGUUGCUUACCCUGGUUGAGGGAAUAUCAUACAACCACGUCUGAUAAAUAAAUCAAUAGAUAAUUGAACACUUCAUUGGAUUAACCUGUAUUGUUAUUAACGUGUAGACAAUAAAUUUUUUCUACUAACAAAUUG